CAAGAGCUGCCAGGGGGGCUUCCGGGUCCGGGAAGUACGCUGUCUGUCAGAUGACAUGGCCCUAAGUAAUCUCUGUGACCCUCAGUUGAAACCAGAAGAGAAAGAAUCCUGUAACCCUCAGGACUGUGUCCCUGAAGUCGAUGAAAGCUGCAAGGACAGAUACUACAACUGCAACGUGGUGGUGCAGGCCCGCCUCUGCGUCUACAACUACUACAAGACUGCCUGCUGCGCCUCAUGCACUCGCGUGGCCAACAGACACGCGGGCUUCCUGGGGAGCAGAUAACACCCCCGCACCUACCCAAAGAGCAGAGCAGCAAGUCUGUAAGAGGGUGACUGGCAGGCUGCUGAUCCACCAGAGGCUCCCUGGCCCAGGGCGCUGCCAGCCAAUUUGGUCACCAGCCUCGCCUUCAGUAAAGUGUCCACGCGGUGCCCAGGCACAGAGCCACAGCUCUGAGCAUCGCCAUCAACUGAAGUUCCCUCCUUGGGCAACCUGGCAACCUCUAACAGUGCUCUCUGAAAACCAGUCAGGGGGGCGUUCAGGCAGCUCUCAGCCAACCCCUCCUGGCACUUUCAAGGCAGCAAUUUAGCCCUGACUGGGCACUGCCUCCCCCAGGGGGCUAUUGGCCUUUCCAGUAUCAGCACCUCCUGGACAGUCCGAGGAGGCAGCACCGGUACCCAGGGCCCCACGAAGCCUUGCUGAGCUGCCGGCAUCCCUGUUACCUCAGCCCCGCUGUGCCUGUCCUCUUUCUCAAAGACAUUAAGUUGUUUGCCUGCCUCAUGACACAAACACCUCCUGUCAUGCAGUGCUUUAUUGUUUCACAGGUAUAGUCACAAAUAUUAAUUCCUUAGCAGCUUCUAACACCCCAGAAGGGAGGCAGGGAAUGAAUCAUUGUCCCAUUUUACUAGCCAGGAAACUGAGACUCAUUGACCUCCCAGCCAUAUUCACCUGUUCAGUGGCAGAGCUGAGUCCCAACCCCAAUCAUCUGACCACAAAACCCUGACCCCAAGGCCUGUCCAGAAGCCUUAGGUCUGCAGGAUGCGGCUUCAUUUCAGACCAAGAGUGAGAAUUUCCUAAUUAGCAAACAAAACCCAGGUCUUUGAAUUCUUCCCUCCAACCAAAGGUCAAAACUUUAUCCCAGCAUCAGUUGUUUCAGAAGUCUGUUUCCACCAAUCCCUUCCCCCACAGUCACAGGCCCUCAUCACAGGACUCUGCAGCUCCCAUUAAGCCCCAUCCUUAAAGAAACUCGCCUCUGAGAUCAUAAAGGCCCUGGGUAUCACAGUCAUUGCCUGAAAUUCUGACUUCCUUCCCCAGUGAGAUGUUUUCCCUGGAACCGGAAGUCAGUGUCCCUUUGGCCACAACAGUCCCUUUCUGGUCCCAGAGCAGGUUUCCAGAGCUGUGUGCUCAGCCCCUCCUCAGCCACCCUGCUGGGCUGUUCUCUACACGUGCCUGGUGGAAAGUGUAACCAACCCACACCAGCAAAAUCCUCGUUUCUAUUAGUAAGUGUCUCCCUUUUGUCUUUUUGGUUUGAUUUAUGGAUUUCUCUCUAUUACUUCAAAUCCUUCCUUUCCCACCCAGGACUGACAACCCAUGUCCCCGCCCCCCUCCCAGACAGGAGCACUAACACCUACAUUAAUGGAGCCAGUCUGGGAGGAGGGGCUGUGAGCUCAGGCGACAACUGCAUCAGAGGGCUCUUCCCUGACUCACCUCACCUAACUCUGUAGCUCCAGAGCCUGCCGGGUCAGUAGGGGGUGCGGGUACAGUGCCUAUUGAGAGAGGAACUCUUUGAAAUAUCCAUUAAGAAGAAGAAAAUAUAUGUACAUAUUUUUUCUUUUACCCAUUAAGAAAAGUACCAGGCUAAACAAAUUGUAAGCUCUUAGUACUGUGGUCCUGGGCCCAUUUCCCUUUUAAAGCAAGCCUUAGCAAUUGAGUUUCUCCCAGGAGCCCUUUAAACCAGAAAUCCGCUAAUUAGAUGAUCACUUGCAGUUUUUGGAAGCAGUAUCACCAGUUAGCCUGACACAGGCUGUGUUUCCAGGGAUUCUCUUUGGCUUUCCUGUGGCUGUCCUCUUCCUGGGGAGCCCCAGCACCACUCCCCAGAAGCACCGCCUCUCUCCUGGUUCUUAGGGGACUCCUGCAGAGAGGCAGGCAGGAAGGGGCCCGGCUCCUCCGGCCUCCAAGUGUGUCAGUGAUUUCAUCCCGUGUCCCCUCUUCCUUUCGCUAGAAGUUUUUUGCUUCUAAUCACAAGGGGAGUUUGUCCUUGACACA